GUAUGAUAUAUAUAUGCCCAUGCCCAUCCGUGCCCCGUGCCCAGACAUCGCCUACGAGGAGCUCUCCCGGAAGGCGUCCGAGCUGCUGCUGGUGGACGUGCGCCUGCGGGAGGAGGUGCGGGAGCAGGGCCAGCUGCCCGGGUCGCACGUGCUGCCUGUCCAGGAGCUCGACGAAGCCCUGGGCAUGAGCGAGGCGGACUUCGAGAGGAAGUACGGCUUCGCGAAGAUCAGUCCGGAUGACGAGAGGCUGGUCAUCACCUGCAGGUCCGGAAGGCGGGUCGGCAUCGCGGACGAAACGCUCAAGGCCAAGGGAUUCGCCAAACACAGACUGUAUCGCGGGUCCUUCCUGGAUUGGACGGCGAAGGGAGGCCCUGUUGAGAAACCGGGAAAGCCUUUUGAACCGAAGGAGUAAUUUUGUGAAAGAGUAGGAAGAAAUGCAGCUGAAUUAACUGAUGUGUGAAUAUUGUAUCGAUGGAAUUGAUAAUUGAAGAGAUAUAGGGAUAUUUUAUUGAGGAAAUAAAUGGAUGAAUAG